AUGAUCGAUGAUAGUCAACAGAAUAUAGCCCUGGGCGUGAUUGUCGCCUUUCCCAUCCUGGGAGGCAUUGCAGUUCUCCUUCGCCUCUGGAGUCGUUAUUUGGCGCGCUCUGCUCUCACCAGUGAUGACUAUCUUGUUUCUGCUGGAUAUAUCCUUGCAGUCAUCCAGUCUCUCACUUCGUGGUAUUACGUCAAAACCAACUACACAGGAAUUCACAUCUGGGAUGUUCCCAAAGAUUUCAAUCCUAAACAAGGACUCAUCUGGAACUUUGCCAACCAACUCCUCUACAACCCUGCCCUGACCCUAGUCAAAGUCUCUAUCCUCAUGUUUCUUCGUCGUCUCGAAUCCAAAUCUCGUCUUGUCAAAUCUCUCAUCUGGAUCUCCCUCGCCGUGACUAUCGGUCUCUGUAUUUCCGUCCUCCUCGUCGACCUAUUCCAGUGUAGUCCUGUCGCCUUUGUGUACGACAAGACCGUUCCUGGAGGGAAAUGCAUCCACCAAGGAGCAUUCUAUGUCUCCACUGCCGCCUUUAACCUCUUCACCGAUCUGCUCGUCCUCUCCAUUCCCAUCAUCAUUACCUGGUCUCUCCACAUGCCUACCCGCCGCAAGAUCGCAGUCUGCAUCAUCCUCUGCAUGGGUGUGGUCGCCACCGCAGUUGGAGUCUGGCGCAUCGUCAUGCUCGCAAAUGCCUUUUUCCCUGGCACACCCAGCAAAGACCCAACUUACAAUAUCGGAUUCUGCAGCUCUGCCGUCGAGGUCAAUGUCGCUGUCAUGACUGCUUGCGCUCCCUCCAUGAAAGCCAUCACCAGCAAAUAUCUUCCUCGACUAUUGGGAACAUCCCGAAACGGCAGCUCAGGCUAUGGAGCCAAUAACUCCUCUAGCCAGUACCGAUCAGGGAAACCCCAGCUCUACUCAAACAACACCGAUGACUAUGAAAUGGCGGAUCCGUAUCGAGCAGAUGUGGAUAUCAAGGCUGCAGCAGAUCGUGAAAUGAAAAAGUACAUACGGGGAGAUAGUCAUAGUUUGACUAGUGAAGAAGACGCUGAAGGGAGACUGGGAAUCAUCAAGACUACCGAUGUAUCGGUUCAAUAUGCAAAUGAAGAGCGCCAGGGAAGUGGUUCAAGGAAAUGGUUUAAUAGGAGGGCUAUCGUCGCUAGCAUGGAUAGUUUUAUUUAG